GCUGAGGUUCAGAGUCACAGAGAUAUGUUUGUGUGCCCUUCUGAAAGCUAAGGCCAGACGAGCAGCAGGAGCUAUCUCAGACAAGUGGUGAACAUGAGGAUCCUUAUGAAUCUUCCCCGGGUGGCUCACAGAGCUUUCAGUACAACCACAAAACAGCUGAAAAACAGAGUUCCAGAGCAUCAGAAGCUUUUCCAGGAGGACAAUGGUCUGCCUAUUCACAUCAAGGGUGGAACUACAGACGUCCUGCUCUACCGUCUUACCAUGACCUUAACUAUUGCAGGAACUUGUUUCUCCCUAUACUGGCUUCUGUUUGCCAGUCUGCCCAAGAAUAAGAAAGACUAAGAGGCCACCAACACAGCCCUAAGAUCUGUCAUUUUCUUCUCUUCUUAACUCUCUUUUCUUGACCAUACCAAAAUAACUUUAGACAUAUACAAUAAUUUACAAAAUAAAGAUAUUCCUGCCAGAA